AUGCAGUGUGGUUGUGCGACUGUCCUUGUCGAGCUUGAGAUUCGUCGCAUCGACUUUGAGCUUCUUUGUCUGCCUGAGAAGAAGCGCCUCCCAUCAGUCUGUUUCCUCUCUGCCCUGAGCUUGCCCACGAUCUGCUGCUUCCUCCUCUACCAGAACCAGACUACAGUAUCGGACGUCAUCCGAUACCAACCUUGCGAGCGAGACAGAGGCAGAUGA